ACCAAUCACAGCUCAAGAUGACGGAGGAAAACAACAACAACAACAAAUUAAUUAAAGCGAAUAUUUGCAAUUUGCUUUGCCCCAAACAGACGAUUUUAAACAGAAUCGUUCUGACUGUGAAUACUGUGAUCUUAAAAUCAUGACUGUUGCUUUCUUACGUUUAUUUAAAUCGAUGCGUUGGUUAACAAACCUGCAAACUGAAACACGCUGCAGGUUAAGCUAAGUUAAGGUAAUUAAUGCAGUUUUAUUUCGUUAUUAAUGCCUCUGCAUCACCAUGGAUGUUCGAACGUGUUAGGACCAUGUUCAAAAAUGUUUUUGGAUCGGGCUUUCUUGUAAGAACAGCUCAUGUUAUUCUGACAUGGGUCAUAACCUUAAUACUCUUCCUGCAUGAUACACAGCUGAGAAAGCAGGAGGAGAACGGCCAGCUUGUCCAGCCAGUCCUCUUUGUCCUCCUGGUACUGGUGUCAGUGUUGCUCUAUUUCACAGUUUCUCUCAUGGACCCAGGCUUCAUCCUCUCUGAUGACAGCAAUGUACAGUUCCCAUUGGGAGUGAUGGAGGAGCAGCAAGAUAUGAUCCCACCCACUGCCAAAUCUCUCCGGCAGCGUCGCUGUGGUCACUGCCUGCUGCAGCAGCCAAUGAGAUCAAAGCACUGCCAGACGUGUCAGCACUGUGUCCGCCGUUACGACCAUCACUGCCCCUGGAUCGAGAACUGUGUCGGUGAGAGGAACCACCGGUGGUUCGUGCUGUACUUGGCCGUGCAGCUGCUGGUGCUGCUGUGGGCGCUGCACAUAGCCUGGAUGGGCUUCAGUUACGCCCCCACCUGGCAGCUGUGGUUGCGUACCAAUGGUGCUCUGCUGGCCGUGGUGGCAUUGGUGGCGCUGCUGUCACUGAUUGUGCUGCUCCUGCUGGGUUCACACCUCUAUCUGGUCUCACUCAACACCACCACCUGGGAGUUCAUGUCACGACACCGCAUCUCCUACCUCAAACACUGUGGUGCUGACGAAAACCCGUUUGACCGCGGCACCUUCCACAACCUGUGGGGGUUCUUCUGCGUGUGGGGCACAGUGGUGUGGGAGCAGGUGUACUUCAGGGAGGGCUGCGACCACGUUUAGGCAGCGCACACGCGGGACCAAGUUUCACAGUGCUUCCUCUGAAUUUAGCGGUUUGGUAUUGCAACCAGUUAACAUUCAACCAUCAGGUCACAUCUGGAGAUAAUCUACCGACUGUGUGUACCUUUCAGUGGUGGGCACACUUCCGAUAAUCCGAUAACAGAUAAUUAUCGAAGAUAAUGUUUUCAGUAUCGGAUUAUCUUUUUAGAUAACUUUAAAAGCCAUUAUCGGAGCAAUUAUC